CUAGAAGAAGGCUAUUAAUAGGUGCCGGCUUUUCGUAAUCAAAGAUUUCUUCCUUCAACACUGAUUGCUCGCUAGGUAAUUACAGUCGCGCAAAAAUCAAAGAGUGGACGCUGACAACACACGCGUACCCUUUUCUCUUUUUAUUUGUCUGGAGGAUUUUUUCACUGGAAAAAUCGAGUGGAUAGUUGUUGAUAAGUGGAUAAAGUUGGAAUAUUGGUGGAGAGCGUGCAAGAUUUCUUUUCGGGUUUGGGGAAAAUCGCAUGUCUGCGGAGUUUGGCCGGAGAUUUACAAAUCUUGAUCUUCUGUAUUCAGAAAAAGAUGAAACUUUUGAACUUCUCAAUUUGUUUUGGGAUACUAAAAUGACUUUGCUAAAUCAAAUAGAUUCUAUACCGACUCCUGAACCGAUGAAUAUAACGAGAAAGAGUAAUUCAAGAUGCCGAAAGACGGGUGACCUUAGCGUAGCCCAGAUUCUCGAGAAGUGGAAAGAGUACAACACGAAUCUCGACAAGGGAAGCAAACCCUUCCGGAAAGUUCCCGCCAAGGGAUCAAGAAAGGGAUGUAUGAAAGGCAAAGGUGGGCCCGAUAACGCCCACUGCAAUUACAGAGGGGUUCGGCAGAGGACUUGGGGAAAAUGGGUGGCCGAGAUUAGAGAGCCGCACAGAGGGAACAGAUUAUGGCUCGGGACCUUCAGCAGUGCUCCCGAGGCUGCGUGUGCUUACGACGAGGCUGCGCGCGCCAUGUACGGCCCGUGCGCCCGUCUUAAUUUCCCGUCGAGAGAGAAUGUCAAAGAUUCUUUUCCAGUUGCUGCAAAAACAUCAUCAGACUCUGCAAACUCAGGUAUUUCAGAGAUUUGUCAUAAUGGGGGUGUCCCAAAGAAACCCGAACACAAUACAGAAACGGAUGAUAAUGAAGGGCUAUCGAAGUUUUCCCAUGAUAAUCAACCGAUACCUCAAGAGCUUGGUGAUGAUCAAUGGGCUAUCGUGAAAAAGGAAGUAGUUGAGGAGGAAGAAGUUCCCCUUUUGAAGGAGAAAGCGAAAGAAGAUGAAGAAAUCGGGAAAGAGGUAAAAAUAGACUUCAACAAUGCCGUACCAGAUGAUGGACAUUGUAUGAAAAAUCGGGAGAGUUUGGGAAAUGAAUUAGCGAGCUUCCAAAACGAAGAGAUGUUUGACGUGGACGAGCUGCUUGCUGAGUUGAACUCUUCUUCUCAAGAAAGGGAAUCGGGUUUUGAGGCUGUGGGAGGAUCGAAUGGUGGAGAAAUGGGCCGGGCUACAAAUGGAAGUCUUAUGUCAGCCCAAUUGGAGGGGUUGAAUAGUAAUCCGACUCGAGAGCUUUCGGUUUAUGAUUAUGAUUUGGAUUUCUUAAAGCCUGGGAGGCAGGAAGAUAAUAACUUUUGGUGGAGUGAUUUAGAUUUGGAUUUGGACAUGGGCGUGUGAGGCGUUCUUGUGUAAGCUGAUGGUCACAUAUAGGUUAGUAGGGUUGUUGGACUCAAAAAGGGAAGGAAAAUGAAUCUUUUUUUGACUUGUUUGUGUAAAAUAUAUACAUAUCUCUGUUCAUUUAGGACUAACUGCUUUCUUAUCUCAUUUUUAUUUCACUUUCUGAAUACUCUGCAAGUUUUAGAGUGGAGUAGGUUUUUCUGUAGAGGGUACGCACACCAUAAUGCCAUUGUAUAUCAUCAUAUGAGUUGAAUUAACUGAGUUUAUUGUAUAUCAUUUCUUAAACAAA